AUGAGGGUUCUACUUUGCUGUUUAUCCAUCGCCUGCUUCGCAGCACAAACCCUCUCGUUACGAGACGUCGAUACGACUGAAGCUCAGAUCGCGAAGCACCAGGAAAACAUUCGUUCAUGGCAAACGACGAUCGCAGACCUCUUCGUAGAGUACGCUCAGUUCAAACCAAAAUACUUGGAGGCCAAGAAUGACCAAAUCAAACUGUUGAAGAUCAUUAACUAUAUACUUGAGGAAAACAUUAAUAUAUUUAAGAACGUAAUCACGAUGUUAGCUCAAGAUGCGCAAGAGACGAACACAGAUAGACCAUUAGUUGGCUCUGGAAACAAUGCAACAUAUACGGAUAAAGGAAGACCAGUAAAUGGCCCGGGGAAAGAUGCGCCGGAUACGGACACAGAAAGACCAGAUGAUGUCGCUGGAAACAGUGCAUCAUACACGGAUAAAGUAAGACCAGUAAAUGGCUCCGGGAAAUAUGCCCAGGAUAACACAGAAAGACCAGCCGUUAGCUUGACAAUGAGAACGAAUGAAGACUUUUUGGAUAGCGAUAACUGGACGCGGCAGUGGAUAGAACAAAUAGCGAAAAGCAAAAAUCUUACGCCGGUUUAA